AUGGAAACAUCGGGCCAUCUCCACGAUUCGGGCGUGGGGGACCUGGAGGAGGAUGGUAGGUGUCCGUGUCUUACCGGGGAUGAACGGUCACCGCCGCCUCCCGCUGCGUUGCCGCCGUUCCAGCAUAGCCUGUUGCACUCUUCGCCCGGGUCGUUACGGGCCCCUCCUCCUCCUCCCGCCGCCCCCGCCGCCCUCCACCCUUCCUCCCGCCACGGCAGCCAACUCAACCUCGGCGACCACCCAACGGGCUCCGGCAGCGGCAAACACCGGCAGCCCAGCCCGUUGGUUCACCGACGGGACAGCAACCCCUUCACCGAGAUCGCCAUGAGCUCCUGCAAGUACAGCGGAGGGGUGAUGAAGCCCCUCAGCCGGCUCAGCGCAUCCCGCAGGAACCUCAUCGAGGCCGAACCGGAGGCUCAACCCUUACAGCUCUUCGGCGGCGGCACCGGCGGACCCCCCGAGAUCGUCGUCUCACGCGAGGACAACCACGCGCCCGCCGUCCGACGCACCGACCGACCGCCUGCCCGCCCGGCCCCCGCCGCCUUCGCCAAGGGGCCCAAGCGUAAGGCGCAAAACAUCGGUUACCGGCUCGGGCACCGCCGGGCGCUCUUCGAGAAGAGGAAGCGCCUCAGCGACUACGCGCUCAUCUUCGGCAUGUUCGGCAUCGUCGUCAUGGUCAUCGAGACCGAGCUCUCCUGGGGGCUCUACUCCAAGGACUCCAUGUUCUCCCUGGCCCUGAAAUGCCUUAUCAGCCUCUCCACCGUCAUCCUGCUGGGCCUCAUCAUCGCCUACCACACGCGGGAGGUGCAGCUCUUUGUGAUCGACAACGGAGCCGACGACUGGCGGAUAGCGAUGACGUACGAGCGCAUCCUCUACAUCAGCCUGGAGAUGCUGGUUUGUGCCAUACACCCCAUCCCCGGGGAGUACAAAUUUUUCUGGACAGCCCGCCUGGCUUUCUCCUACACACCUUCUCGGGCAGAGGCGGACGUGGACAUCAUCCUGUCCAUCCCCAUGUUCCUGCGCCUCUACCUGAUCGCUCGGGUGAUGCUGCUGCACAGCAAACUCUUCACCGACGCCUCCUCGCGCAGCAUCGGGGCACUCAACAAGAUCAACUUCAACACCCGCUUCGUCAUGAAGACUCUCAUGACCAUCUGCCCCGGGACGGUGCUGUUGGUCUUCAGUAUUUCCCUCUGGAUCAUCGCCGCGUGGACGGUCCGGGUGUGCGAGAGGUACCACGACCAGCAGGACGUAACCAGCAACUUCCUGGGUGCCAUGUGGCUCAUCUCCAUCACCUUCCUCUCCAUCGGCUACGGCGACAUGGUCCCGCACACUUACUGCGGGAAGGGUGUCUGCCUGCUCACCGGCAUCAUGGGUGCUGGCUGUACGGCACUGGUGGUGGCCGUGGUGGCCAGGAAGCUGGAGCUCACCAAAGCCGAGAAGCACGUCCACAACUUCAUGAUGGACACACAGCUGACGAAGCGGAUCAAGAACGCGGCAGCCAACGUCCUGCGGGAAACGUGGCUCAUCUAUAAGCACACCAAGCUGCUGAAGAAGAUCGACCACGCCAAAGUCAGGAAGCAUCAGAGGAAGUUCCUCCAAGCCAUUCACCAGUUGCGGAGCGUGAAGAUGGAGCAGAGGAAGCUGAGCGACCAAGCCAACACCCUGGUCGACCUCUCGAAGAUGCAGAACGUGAUGUACGACCUCAUCACCGAGCUCAACGACCGCAGCGAAGACCUGGAGAAGCAAAUCGGCAGCCUGGAGUCCAAGCUGGAGCAGCUCAGCGCCAGCUUCAACUCCCUGCCCCUGCUGAUGGCCGACAUGCUGCGGCAGCAGCAGCAGCGCCUGCUCGCUGCCGUCCUGGAGGCGCGGGGGGUCGGCGUGCCGGUGGGCACCCCCCAAACUCCUCUCUCCGAGAGCCCCAUCGGGGUCAGUUCCACCUCCUUCCCUACCCCUUACACGAGCUCAAGCAGCUGCUAA